AUGAAGACCGUGAAAUUCAUAGGUAAAAAAGGACAAGCUGGUGUAGUUUCAUUUGCCAAGAUUGUUCCUACACUUCAGUAUGCCAAGGAACAACUCAAGCAAAUUGCUACCAACGAGACACCUAUCGCAGUGCUAAAACAGGACUUGCAACCUGAAGGACGACUCCAACUUGUUUUGAAGGACUUAAGAGCAAGAGACCAGCCAGACCAGUCACUGCCAACAUCCCACCAAGAAACUCAACUCAAAAGCUUUUUGAAGAAGUAUGUUGGUGCCCUGACUGAAAACAUUGAUGCACGGUUCCAGGAGUCCUCUCCCGUACUUGAUUCCUUCAAGAUAUUUGAUUUACUUUCUGUUCCUACAAAAACCGACGAUGGCUUCAGUGAAUAUGGCUCCAGCAUGAUUAAGAAGUUGGCCGACCAUUACUUCCCAGGGCCUCAGCAUGCAGAAGAUCACCAACAGCUUAUUGUGGAAUGGCAAAAGGCAAAAUAUGACCUACUGCAGUGGAAGGAAAAUGAUCUGCCACAAGCUAUUCGUCAGGGGGAAGGUUCAAUUACAGCUACUGAUUGGUGCCUAUCCAAGCUGAUGCAGCCACCCUAUAGAUCUCACUAUCCCAUGCUGUCAUUCAUGGCUGAAGUUUGUCUAAGUUGCCCAGACAGUAAUGCUUGGCCUGAGAGGGGAGCCAGUGUCCUGAAAUGGCAGAAGAACAGGUUGCGGUCAAGAAUCAAAAAUGAUUUGCUAAACCCCUUGUUGCACAUUUCUAUCAAUGGGCCCAAACAACAGUCAAAGGAGUUGCCAUCCUUAAUCCGUGAUGUGGUUGCAGAGUGGCUGAAAGAAAAGGAUAGAAGGAAGCUUAAAAAGCUUCCUCCCAUCUCAGCUACUGUGGCCUCAUCUUCCUUGGCAGAAGCAGUCCCAUACCAUCCACCAACACUCGAUGAAGCCAUUCCACAUGAUCUAGAUGUACCAUCCUCCGUGGAAGUUGAUGAUUCACAAAGCAUCAAGAGUGAGCCAAAUGUCGACGCGUAUGUUGCUGCUCUCCAGCUUGAAUGCGAUGAGAAAAGCCACAACAUGGAAGAUUCUGACUAUGAAUCAGACUAUUUCUCUGAUUAG